AUGGCCGGAGUAAAAUGGUGUAGAUAUGGCGCUCACAAGAACAAAAAAUCUGGUUUUGGUGGUGAAUGAAGGAGGUGAAGUUUGGUUGAAUUUGAAAACACAUCUCAAAUUUCAUAAUUUAAAGCCAAAUCUUCUGCAACUGUUUUUUAUUGGUACAAAAAGGGAUACAAACAACCAAUAAGAAAGUGAUAUAUUGCAGUGCUAAUCAUGGUUGUAUGGUGCCUCUAUUGCAGCCUUCCAGUUGCCAAGCAUAGCUCAUUGCUUUGCCUAAAAUGCGAGGGAUAUGUUCACUUUGGUUGCAUGUUGCAAGAGAAGCCAAGCCGUUUUGAGGGUGAUGUUUUGUUUGAUUUCCAGUGCAAAAAUUGUGGAGGCAAUGAGGGGGAGCAGAUAUCUCGUAGUAAACUAACUUGGUUGCAGGCAAUACAUAUCACACUUUAUAAUCUUUCUGUAAAAGGCAGUGGGCGCCAAGGAUUUUUUCGAUGGAAAGAUGAUAUAUGUCCAUUUAUCAGCAAAAACUGGAACAUGCUUUUUCCAGACAAACCUAUGACGAAUAACUGGAGAAGCACCGUUGCUGGGACACUUUCAGUCUAUUGUUCAAAACUGUUCAAAUCAGGCCAAUCGAUUUUUAAGGAAAGUGGUUGGUGGGCUCUCAUGGAAGUAAAGCCUCCACUUAGGACCUAUGGAGACGAAAUCAAAGUGAAACAGAAAAGCAAGCAGAAGGUCAGCUCUUUGAAAGGAGACUAUAUUGAAGGGGGUUUGUUUGAUAUAGGACGUAGAAAACGUAAGCAAAAGCAAAGUGAAGGAUUAGAUAAGAAAAUGAAAGAGGAUGAUGUGAAAGAAGUAUCAUUAAAUGACAGUGAAUUUGAGGUUGGAGUUUUAGGACCGGUUUCGAUUACAGAAGACUUAGACAAUAGUAAUUUUAGUGCAAGCCAGGAUGAUAUUGAAGGAAUUAUUCAAAGAAAAGACCCCUUUGCUCUUGUAAAGGUUGAAGAUUUAGGUAAGGCAUUUUCAGAGAGCCUUAUUGAACAAAGUGAAACAGGCACCUCUUUGAACGAACCAGGACUGGAGCUCCCUGAGACUCUGAAGUCUGAAGUUGCUUCAUGCGACAUUUUCAAUGAAGACUCCCUCAGUUCAAGUCAAGAACAAUUCAAAGCAAAACCUCCAGUUGUCAAAAUGCCAACGAAGAAAGAUCCAAAGUUAACACCAAUGAAUUCGAUCCAGGAGACAGAAUUCUUAAAUAAGUUAAACAGUUGUCCUAACGCCAUAGCGGCUGAUCCAGCUGCAAAACGCCUACAAAGGAAAUUGAAACUAAGGAAACUAAAGUUAGAAAUGGGUCUACCGCUGUUUAACAUAGAUAGUGUAGUGAGAAAAAUGAUUCAGAAAACGGCUCCAGAUGGUAUUGAAGCAACUUUCACUGAUACACUGGGAAGAGAGCUUCCCAAACCGGCCAAGGAGGGAAUGAACCAGACCCAGAGUCAGUGCACCUCGUUGCAUCAUCCUGCUCUACAAGGGGUUAACGUUCUUGACAGAUUUCGACUAGGGUUUAGAAAAACUCCCAGGCAUCGGUCUAGCAGUUCAAUAUCGCAAACGUUUAUAUCUCGUUUAGUGGGUAGGAAUGACGAAAGAUAUCAACGACCUAUAGGCAGUCCGUAUACACAACGUGUGUUGAAGCCAUAUAUUAGACGAGACUUUGACACAAAACCGUUAAAACUUAAAGUAAUGGAAGAGCUAAUUGCUUAUACUCAUCGGUUUGAUCAACACUGGAUCAGUCCCUGCCCUUCACCUAUCGAUUACUGUUAUGUGCAACCACAUCACAUACCAGCAGUUAAUGCCAUGUGUGAAGAAUUCUUUUGGGCUGGCAUCAAUCUAUCUGAAUGCCUGCAAUACCCCGAUUUUAGCUGCGUUGUGUUAUACAGAAAACUUGUAAUUGGCUUUGCUUUCAUGGUACCCGAUGUGAAGUACAAUGAAGCCUAUAUAUCGUUUAUUCUUGUUCACCCAGAUUGGAGAAAUGCGGGUAUAGGUACAUUUAUGAUUUAUCAUUUGAUACAAACGUGUAUGGGCAAGGAUGUGACAUUACAUGUUUCAGCUUCAAACCCUUCAAUGAUGCUAUACCAGAAAUUUGGGUUCAAAGCAGAGGAGUUUAUACUUGACUUUUACGAUAAAUAUUUGCCUGAAGACAGUAAAGAUUGCAAACAUGCAUUUUUCUUGCGAUUGCAACGCUGAAAUUUUUAAUAAAAUGCAUCUUUAUGUAAACAUGUAUAAAUCAAACAGUAUCCGCGUUUUAGAAAAUCAGUACUUCUUGUUUUAACUAUUCUAAACGCCGCCCGCCGUUAAUUCUAAAUAUCAAAACGAGGUUUAUUCAAUGACGCAAUGCCUCGUUUUUCAAAAUUUCUGUAGAAGUUUCUUUUUAAUUUUCUGGGCACGCAAAGCUUUGGAAGUGUAUACCAGCUUUAUUACUAGGACAAGAUGAUGUAUCAGCUAGCAUGAAGCCACUUAAACUAUCAGUUUCUCAAUAAUCGAUUCAUAGCAAACUUUCUAAGUUUUUGCCCUAUUGAACUAUUCCCCCCCCCCCCCAACUUUUGCAGCCAGUUCGUCUUCAGCACACAGAUUGCCAUCCAAGAGCAUCAGCCCCGAUGUCUGUUUUAAAAAUAUGUGUCUAGGCUGGUAGGCAAGCCGUUAUUGGAAACGUAUACACGCGGAUAAUGGUUUAGACGGCAAAGUCUUCUUUACUGGAUAAAGCUGUUUGUAGCCGAUUGUUUUAGAGCCGCACUCCUCUGGUUGACCUGCAUGGAAAUCUAAUCUCAUUUAGCUAACCGUAUCGCAAAAAUUAUUCGCGAAAGCACCAAAUAUGAUAAUAUGCACAGACCAACAUGUCUAUUCUGGCUACCCAAGCAGAGACUGUUGUAUUCGGAUAUGUUUAUCUUUGUCUUUACGACCUGUAUAUCGUUUUUUAAUGACGCUUAAGGCACUGUCGAGUUUUAAAUGCAGGAACAUCCUUCUGUAAAAAGUACUAAACGAAAAGCAAUCAGCCUAACGCAUACUCAAAAAGGAUAUCGAUGUUUAGGGAGUCCUUGAGCAGGAUUUGUGGGGAAACCAUAACACUGAUUCAUAUUGAGCGAAUGCCAAAUAUUGGAAAGGAUUGGCAUUUAACUACAAGCCAGUAUUGUCAAUUUCGCUGCCAGUGAACACAAGGAUAAAUUUUCUUUGGCAUAUACGAAAUAUCCAAAAGACAUGAUAAAACCUUUAGCUUUAAAAUACCCUGUGUCCGAAGGCUUUAUUGUUUUAUAAAGAAGGACUAAAUCCUAUCCUCCGCUUAUUUCAAAUAAGAUGACCGUAUCCGAGCGAAGUGAAAUUUCAAAAACCUUUUAUGUGUCAGUGACAUUGAUUUGCAGUUUUUGAUAUGCGUUUAAAGAAUUGGAGUGAAUAUCAACCUUAUUUUAAACGUAAAACGCUCAAUGAGGUUUUAAUUUUAUUAGAUAGAAAAAACCCACAACGCUAUGACCAAAAUAUCGAGUUCCUUGAAGAAUCACUCUGAAAAUAUAAAUCACGAGGCAAUUAGUUUUGAUUUAUAAGGCUUCGCUAUGGAACUUGCUAGACUAUUCGCAUUGUAAAAUCUUAAGCAUUUGUUGUUUGUUUGAAGAAUAGAAGGGCCAUGAUAAUGGGAUUGCCCUUUCAUAGCUCAACUAUCGACCUUCUUUGGAGCUAGUUAAAGCUAGAGCCAAUAAACGUUAUGCGGUCUCACUGUUCAUGAUCAUUUUGAAGGUUCUUGACAACAUUGGAAAUUCAACUAUCAAACCCUAACCACACUUCAGCUCUCUUCUCUCCUGAUUGGCCUCUGAACGUCCUUUCUAUUUUGUGAUUUGCUGAUAGUCGUGAUUUGCUGAUAGUCGAUUAAUCGUGUCUGAUCAGAUCCACUGCUAGGGUACUCCUAGUCAUUGCCAAACAGGCCAGAAGACAAAGUAAAAAGACCUAUUACUGCGCAUGAGUCAUCCCUCGUUCAUGCUAUCUAUGCACAUGCGUAGUAAUUAUUAAAGGCAAUUGCGCAUGGUUGUUUUACUGAUGUAUGAUUCAAACCAGGCUAAAGCAAUUUCGAUUCUCGUAGUCUGUGGUAUAGGCUGGAAAUUUCCAAGCCGUUUUCAGACCGGGCUUUCUUUAAUUUGUGAUCAUGACAAGAAGCAGCUAGAAUACGGCUCGAGAAAAUAUAUCUUCUCUUUGAUUUCUCUGCGAGAACUCUUUCGCUCCAGGGACCAACAGCAAAAAGAGUCAAACAACAAAACAACAGUCGCUAACAAGAGUUUUAAUUUUUUCACGGGAACUGUUACAAGAUUACGACCUUCUAGUGAAUCGGUUUGAAAUUGAAAUUACAACUACUAAGUAGAAUCGAGUUCGUUACUCAUCGUUCAGAGUCGUUAUUUAAGCAAAAACAAGCUACAACUAAAAAAAUGGAAAACUAACUUCAUUCAGAAUCUCCAAGCUAUUCAGUCAAAGAUACAUUACCAUGACUACAAUGUUUGCUUUCCCAAUGUUUCUCAAUUGUUGAAAGCAGCUAGAAGCUAAUGCUAUGAUCGUGUGUAGUAGCUUCGGGAUUAUGGUACACGCCCCUAUGGUGCUAAAAGUCUUAAUAUGCCCUUGAAGCCACAAGGGAUGACUAGCAUUAUCGAGAUUAACAUAGCAGGCCUAAACAAAAUUACAAACCACAAAUAGGAAUGAUUUAUACAAGUGUCCUCGGCUGAAUGAACGUUGCAUUAGAAAAUGUUAUAGUCCAUUCUUACUCAAUUGGCAGGUAGCGACGUGCGCUUGACCAUGUGUCAUCGAAAAAUUGAGAACUGGGCCCACACUGACGCAGGCAUCUUACUCAAAAAGCAGGCAGACAGUAGCUACCUACUGCCGAUAAGAACAUAAACUUCGAUCUUAUUAUUGUCACCUUGGCUUAUGGUAUCAUGUAUAGGUUGAUCUUAAAAGACAGUAUUUUUCCAGACAUAGCCUAGGCCACCAAGAUUUCCUUUUUGUCCAUUGCAUUAACAAUCAGUUCAUAGAUUUGAGACCACCAGUUUGUUCUUUUGAUGUCAUUUAACUAAACAAGGACAAAAAAUACGACCGUUAAAAGUACUUUCUGCAAGAAUUUCACUUGCUUAUUUCUACCUGACCCUAUUCAAAAUCGUUAAUUUAUCUACAUAGUCCGAGAAUUCACAAAUGGCUGCCAAGAAUAAGCCAAAAUUAAGAUAAAGUUCUCUUCGUUCGUAAUGAUAGUGCUUUAAUUCGUCGAUAGAUACAGGCAAAACCCAAGUGUAUUUAUCCUAUACGUAUUCGGCUGUAAUCGUGUGGAAGAGAUUACAUCAUGUAUACAAAGUUGCUUUGGCCGCUUUUACCUUACAAGAUUAGGACUUUGAUGGCGGUGAAGACAUAGACAGGAUUCUUGACCCCUCUAACUGAGACAACAAGCUGAUCAACUCUGCCCUUGUAGUGUGAACCCUUUGGCGCAAAGUAAUGCAGCCUAAAGUAUCCUCGUCGGCGUAUUCUUCGGCUUUUCGUUCGAAGCAGCGGGGUUCCGUAUUUAGCAAUGCAGUCAAACUUGAAGACAGCACCUGGUCCACGGUUCAGUACCUCGAAGAUGAGUAGCAUCUUUCUGCCAUUGAGUACUGUAUAAUCCCUAUCUCCAUACAAUGCACGCACCAUAAUUGGCUGGGCUUUAACAGUCUUCUCUGACAACCUCUGGAAGGCAUAUCCUUCGAUUGUCCUACCACGGAUUCUAAUUUUAAAUGUUUCAUCAAAGGAUGGGAAUGUUGUGUUGAAGAUGGUUGUGCCGGUUUCGUGGGAGAGGCGAAGACCACCACGCAAUUUGGAGCCAUCUUCCCGGAGCAGGUCGACUGUCAAAGUGUUUGGUUUGAUGUUCUCCAAGCCAGUGAGUGACAAGUACAAAUGGACAUCAUCUCCUGAAAUAUGCAAGCAAUGAAUUUGUGCAAAUAUUCAACCCUAUUUGAACAAGAAUUAGAUGAGAUAUCCAAACAAUUGAAGCACACAGCAUUGGUUGUUGCAAAGACAAAACAGAAUUUAUGUUUUUCGAUAGAGAGUUGUACAUUAUUCACAACAAUGACGAGGUGGCUCUACUAAGUAACCAUUAACUUUCCUUACAAAUAGCAGUCCUAAUAAUUUAAUACUUCCCAAGGAGAAAUUAAGAUAAAGUGAAGCUCCAUACAGCGGACACAUGCAGCACCAAAGUUACUGUCCGUGGUCUUGAGAUGUCCGUUGCCUGUAGGCGUCCGCUGUAUGGCGGUUGCCGUUGCAUGGAGGUUUGUUUAACAAAAAGCCUUGACGGAGGAAAGAAACACAAGGACAAGAACUAUUCUCCCAUUAUGUCUCCGUUAAUAUGGGGUAUUCGUUACUGGAAGGUGUCCGAUAUUGGGAGUUGUCCGUUAAAACAUGGUUUAUUACAUUUCCGAGCAUGAUUCGUAAAACAUUUCAAAUAAUUAUUUCAGCCCUAAGAGUGUCCAAAUAUGAUUGCUUAAGAUAGCUGCAGCCUCCAAAUGGACGUGGCUUCAAGUUAAAAGAGACUCCAUGAAAAAAUGUUUCAAAUCAACAUCAGUUCAACAAAGUUCAACUUUUUUCAAUUCAUUCUUACCGAGUAGUGGAUGUGACACAGGGAUCAACGUGUUCUUGCGCACAAAUCGAUGGAAAAAGAUGAAUCCAAACUGAAUAAGCUUCUUUGAGAGUGCUCUUGCGAUGUAAUCAUGCACGCCUGUCUCAGGGGGGAAAUACAAUGUCCAAACUCCAGGAGCCGGAGACUUUAUUUCAUACACUUUAGCCCUUGAGAGGCUGACGUUGGUUUCCUGGUAAAUGCCAGAUGGAUCUCUCAAGGACACCAGCCUAGCAGUGUCUUUAUGUUGAACCGUGACAGAAACAACCAGACGACCAACUGUAUUAUCAACAGGUAUGACGUAUUGUUUUGGGUAUGGGAUUGCUCUCCUGACACGUUUCAGUAUAGGCUUGCUAUAAGUAAUUGGCCUACUAUUGGCGCUUGAUAUGACGGUAGAACUGAGCAGGCUGUUUCGCACCAGCAGAGAAAGCUUCCGCAGCUCAGAUGUAUCAGUGAGAGCAAACACUUGUCCAGACGUAAACGAGGCUACGUCAUGAAACUCUUUGAUGUCAAUGUUUUUUCCACAACUUUCGGUUUUUCCAAAGAAGUUGAUCGUCGAUCCGGAAGAAUAGGCAGCCACUUUGACGGCAUUUAUGUUGUCGAUAGUGGCGUCUUUAGCAUUGGCAUCGGUGAAAACAAACAUCGGUGAUCCGAAGCGUGGUCCAGCGUUAAGGGCUUCCAGCAUACCAGUGAACGUUAACUCUGGGCAGUCACCUCCUCCCUUUGCAUCCAGAUUGUCGAUGGCUUCCACGAAAUCCUCUCGUUGAGACUGAUUUCUGUAUGUUAUAGGACCAUAGCCUUUGAAAAACAACAAAUCAAUCAUAAACAAACGAAAUGCAUUGUAAUUAAUGAUUAACUAAAUAUUGAUAUUUUUUGCCAUUUCUAUCUGAAAAGCAUACCCUACACUUUUAGUCUUAAUUGUUUUCCUCGCGAAUCCAUACAGGGUGGUAAUGCUCGGAUUACAGUACAAUAACAAAUACGAACAUUGAAAUUCCACGACAGUUUUAUGGCAAAUUAAACUGUUAAAGGUCCCCCUUAUCAUAAAACGGGUCAAAAUCUAAGACCAGAUUCUAUCAAAAAGUUUAUUAACGCUUCAAAUAUAUGAUGCAAAAUGACAAUAAGAAGGGCAUAAAGAUGGUAAAGUACACUUGUAUCGAAAUAUAAUACAUGGUCUAUUUCUAAAGACUUUUGUAAAGAGGCACUCUUUUUUUGAACCGAAGUGGUCCCUCACUUUUCGUACAGAUGUUAACUCGCAAUUUCAUUUGAUGAUAAUCCUAAUUUCGCAGCUACUUAUUUUUGUUAAGAUUGACAUUUAAAUACGAAUGGUUUGGGAAUGAUGCAGAAGCCUGAUACAAGGAUCAUGUAACACGGCCAUGGGUGAAUAUUAAGCUCUAAAGAUGAUCGAAUCACUUAUCUUUCAUGGUACAUAAGACUCGAAACAUGAUCUAACUUCACAACUGUUUUCAACUUCAUCUGUCUGACUUUUUAUGGAUUAUUUCAAACUUCCUCGCCUCAAUGCAGAUCCGGAUAGCUCUAAUUACUAUGGUAUUGAGACAAUAUCUUAUUCAGCAUUCUGAACAUAAUUUGUGAUCAAAGUAGAAUAGGUAUGUCAACCAACCUGGGUCUCCAAAUGGCGAUAAAAUGUAGUCGACAUCAAAUUCGCGAGUUUCAGUUAUAAUUCUUUUGGCGAUGGCUUUUGCUGCAAGAAUUUCGUUUUUCAUACUGCCAGUUGUGUCGAUAACAAACAUCAAAGUUGCAUCACCACGUUUAGCGAAAACCUCUUCAAAAGUAUCACUUCCUAUUUCCUUUUUUAUCUUUUCCAUGUAUUUUGUCGCAGCCUUCUGAAC